AUGAUCUCGGCAACAGAACUUAAACCGAUCUCUUAUUCUGAUGAACAAAUCAAUGAAUAUUAUGAAGUAUUUUCUUUCUUUGAUCAUCAUAAUACAGGCAGAAUCAGUCUAAAUGAAUUGGGUUUAAUUAUUCGAUCGAUUGGUUUUAAUCCAAGUGAAUUAUUAAUCGAACAAUAUCAACAAGAAUAUGUAGAAAAAAAUGGCAUAGAUAAAAUCGAUUUUCAACAAUUGUUACAAAUACUAAUGUAUUUCACAACUGAAAUUGAGGAUGAAAUUGAUAUUAUUGAAGCAUUUCGUGUUUUUGAUAAAGAAGGUCAAGGUUUCAUAAGUAAAGAAGAAUUGAUGCAUGUUAUGACGCAUCUUGGUGAAAAAUUAUCGAUCGAAGAAGCACAAGAAAUGAUGCACGAUGCUGAUAUUUAUUGUGAUGGAAAAAUUCGUUACGAAGAAUUCGUUAAAAUAAUGACGCAAUUGAAUUGA